UUUAGACAACGAAACUGUUGGAAAUUAGAAACUAAACGGCUUCACUCACACUGUGUGAUCUCAUUUUACAUAAGAAUAAAAUUUAUAAAAUUUAUUUACGCCAAGAUCCAGAGACGCCUGCAGCAUGUUCAACAAACUAAAUGACGGCCAACAAGCCCACAAAAGGCAGCGACUCGAUGCAGAUUCAGAUGCAGAUGCAGAGUCCAGUGAUUCAGCAGAGACGCAGCCGCCAAGUGAUGUCUCUGAGGUGCAAAAAGCAGGCGGUUCAGGCGAUGGGGCACGUGCAAUAUCCGUGUCUGAGCCAGAGCUGAGCGAGCGCUUGCGAUUGGUUAUGUUGUGCAAUGUAUGCCUGGAGCUACCAAAUCCUGAUGAGAACUAUCAGUGCAGUCUGGGACACAUUCUGUGCGAGGACUGUGUGACACGUCUGCUUGCGGAGGCGGCUCUGAAGAGCAGCGAGGCACAAUGUCCACAUUGUCGCACUCCUAUCAGCUGGAAGGAGUUAACUAAGAAUCUGGCUGUGGGACAAACACUUUGCGAGCUGCCCAAAACCUGUGCCGACUGUGAACAGCAAAUGGAGUACAAAUCUAUGGCAAAUCAUUUGAAAAUGGAGUGUAGCAAACGUUUGGUUCAGUGCCAGUAUAGAUGUCUCGGCUGCUUCUGGGAAGGCUGUCAGGAGUCGAGAAUCGAACACGAGUCAAGCUGCAAGAAUCUGAAAAUGUCCAGUGAUCAAAUCCUAACUGAACUGCAACUAAUCGAUGAAGAAGAUCAAUUGACUGGCCUAUCAAUUCGCCGGUGCUAUCGGGAGUUGAGCGCUCAGCGGAUUUUCUAUCAGGAUUUGGAGCUGCACUGGCCACAGGCACCAUCACAACAAAACAACGAGUGGACACUCCAGUCUCCCACAAUUUUCGUGUUUGAGAACACAUGGCGGUUGCGUGUUAAGCUGGUUACGAACACGGAAACAAAUCAUUGCCUAAGCUACUGCCUGAAAUUGCUGUCCUCUCCUCAGGAGACAAUGAAGGUGAAAUUCUUUGCUACUUUGCCGGCAACAUCUGUGCGAUUCAAGCACCUAUCAGAUGUGGAGCAGCAGUUGAAUCAGGAUCAAUUUACUCACGCUGGUCAAUGUGGCGAUUUCAAGCAGCUACCAAUGAGCUGCUCCACAGCCAUUUAUCGUCUGUUGGCUAUGCCAAGUAUUAAGUUGCGCCUCUGGAUGAUGCUGCACUAAAUUGAAUAAUUGAAAA